AUGAUUCGCUCAAGCGGGGAACACGAAGGCUUCCACUUUGUCAGCCUAGGCCAGAAAGAUGGACCCUUGUGCAAGGCGCUUGCCGCAUGCCGGGACCGCGGGCUGGGAAUCGCGGGGGCAGGCUGGGGUAUCGCCACCUCGGGUGGCCUGGAGCUGCAGCUCGUCGUGGCUAGCGCCCUGCGUGCGCCGCCGUCAGCGGAGGCUGCGGCGGCGGCUGAGGCGGUCGCGGCGGCUGCGGCAGUCGCGGCGGCAGCCGCAGCGGCACCAGCAGCGGCGGCGGCGGGAGCGCCCGUCGUAGCGGUCUUCGCCAGCUCAGCAACUGUACCGCUCCGGCAGGACGCAUGGCUCCUGCAGGAGUCUCUGCUGCAGCAGGCUGGCGACGGGUGGAUCCCGAUCUUGCAAAACAGCGGGCAGCCGCGGAACAUCGCCGAUUCGUUUGGAAAGAACGGCACAGCCGCCCUCAACGUGCCGGCGCAUGUCAUGCGUGAGCUGCUGCCGCGUGAACUGCUGCCUUUGGACAAUGAGCCGCUGUACCUGCGGGCUGUGCGUCUGGUGGCCAGGUCAGGGGACGAGGCCGCGCUCGCUGCUGUGUCAGCCCUGCAGGCAGAGCCUGCGAACAACAGCAUGGCGCAGUUCAAGCUGCGCUGGACCAAGAACAACAGCGGCGGGGAGCACCGCAUUUACAUGCCCAUGCAGACACACCUCCGCGGCGCGCUGGUGGCCCUGCGGCACCGUGGGUUUGGGCUGACCCGCAUGCGCUGGGACGCCGGGCCCCACGAGCUUGAGAUCGAGGUCGCAAGCAUUGCGCCGUAG